UGCUCCCCACACACACCAGCACGCCGCGGACACUCUGUGACACACACCGACACACAACGACACACAGAACACCGGCAGCGACAGGAGAAAACAGCUCGACAACACGGGGAGAAGCAUGACGACAGGAAGCCGACAUGAACCCAACAUGAAGGCAGGAGGUCUGAGGAGACGCCUGUAGGAGGACGGGUGCAGGAAGAUGUUGCGUCCAUGCAGGCUGCUGCUGUGGCAGGUGGCUCUCAGAGUGUCCUAUCACGUCGUUACAGCCUCAACCAGUCUGUGUCGGGGAGGCUCGGACAUCUUCGCGUCAGUCCAAGAAAACAGUCCGACGGGUCAGUUCAUCUCCAGCAUCAACAUCGCAGCAGAUCCAGGAGCCAACGCCAUCCGACUGUGUCUGAGCGGAGACAACGCCGACUGGUUCUACCUGGACGGAAGAACCAUCAGACUCAACUCCUCUGUGACCAAAGUCCUCGACCGAGAGGUUCUGGGGUCCAUCCUGGUAGCAGAGCUCAUCUGUUAUGAGGAUGACGUCAUCCAGAGUCGCUACCGGCUCCUGGUGGAGAUCCUCAACGAGAACGACAACCAACCGAAAUUCCUGCAGGAGACCAUUCAGCCGUUCACCGUCAGCGAGCUGACGGCGGUGAACUCUGUGGUUUUCACAGUGAAGGCGAUCGAUGAGGACGGAGACAUGAUCAGCUACAUCAUCGAUCAGUCAUCGCCAGACGCCUGGUUCUUCAGGGUGGACCUGCCCAACAGUGGAAGCAUCGUUCUGGAUAAAGCUCUGGACUACGAGACCAGAACUCACCUGAAGAUCAUCCUGUGGGCCCAGGAAUCAAACACUAAGGAGAAGUUCAACACGUCUGCUGUCCUCAACAUCAACAUCAAGGACGGAGACGACCAGUAUCCUCACUUCCUGCCCUGCACACCUGUGUCUCCAGGUGUUCCUGUCUGCAUGAACCCCACCUACACCACCAACAUCACACAGAAACACCAGGUGCGUUCUGUGUUUCAGGACGUGGUUCUGGAGUUUUCUCCUGGACCAAUCAGAGCGGAGGACGGAGACCGAGGGAUCGACGCUCCUCUGAUCUACUCCAUCCUCUCAGGUGAGGAUCAGGGCCGGUUUGUGAUCAACAACAGGACAGGUGAGAUCAGGCUGACCAGACCGGUGGACGACCGGCGGCAGAUGCCAAACUUCACGCUCAACGUCAUGGUGUGCCAGGUGGACGACAGGUUGAAGUACAGCGUGGCGUCAGUUCUGGUCAGGGUUCUGUAUGAGAACACGUUCCCCCCCGUCUUCAACAGAACCACCUUCAAAGGCUUCAUCAUCCAGAGUUCUAGCCCCGCUUCCAUCGUCUCCACCUACGGGAACAAGGUUCUGCAGGUCAGAGCGACGGACCGCGACUUCUCCGACGGCCUGAAUCCAAACGUCCACUACUUCCUGCAUCCUCCGUCUGGACUGUACCAAGUCACCCAGGGGGGGGUUCUGAUCGCCAGGACCAACAGACUGAACGCCUUCGACCGACACAUUCUACAGGUCGUUGCCAGAGACGAAGAAUCAGGAGAAGAAAUUUCAGCUUCGGUGGACGUUGAAGUCCUUCAGAGAGGACAGACGGUUCCUCGUGCUGCGUUCACUGAGCAGCCGUUGUUCGGAGACGUGGACAGCCGUCUGGCCGGAGGAAUCGCUGCGACGCUCCUUCUGAUGUUUCUUUCCCUCAUUCUGUUUCUGCUUCUUCGAACCGUCCGGAGGAGACGACUUCAGGAACCUGGAGACCGGAGCUCUGUGGAGAAACGUCCCGGCGCGGUGAACCCACCUGGAUUCAUGGACGAGUACAGCACCAGAGCUUUCAGUCGACACUUCGAGUCUUCCUCGCAGAUGGGAAGUUUUCACGGUCGUCAGGGAGUUUACACCCGCAGACUGUCAUCGGCUACCACCGGCCAAUCAGCAGACAGAACCAGAACUCAACUUCCUGCUUCACCUGAGCGCUGCCUGUUCCAGCUGGAUCUGUUCACCGUGACUGAGGCACCUGAACACCACGCCUGGGAGACUCUGAGGUCACCUGACAGCACAGAAGCCCCGCCCACCACUGACAUCACGGAGACCAACGACGAGACGUCUCAGAAAGACGAGGACCAAUCAGAGGACACGACAGGGGAGUCAGAGAAACCUCACUAGAUGAGCCAAUCAGAGAGCAGGAGCAAAUAACACCAGCCAAUCAUAGAACAGGAUCAAACAAAUCGGCAUCAUUGACCAAUCAGACAGCAGGAAUCUACACCACCAGUCUAAUCAGCCAAUCAGGUCACAGCUGACAGAUCUAUUCAUCAAAUCACAUUUUCUUUGUUUUUGUGUCUUUAUGAGUAAAAUAAAUAAAACUCUGCAUGAGACGAUCUAAGAGAUGAUUUUUACUUCAAAUUUGAAGGAUUUCACUAAAAAAAUAAAUAAAUCUUAGUUUGUCACUGGUAGAUUUUCCUCCUUUAACAGACUGAACUGUUCUUUUUUAUUUUUGGAAAUCUUCCUUCACAGAAACGUCUCCAGAUUUAACAUGAAUUACUGUAAAAUGAAGUUUUCUGAACAACAUCAGGCUGAAACUUAAAUUGAAAAUAUCUGCUGAUGAUCAAACAUCUCGGUGCUGGAAAAUGGAAUUAAAUAUUUGUACUUUAUUUUGAAAUAUUAAAAGUUCUAUCUGCUGAAAGUGAA